CAUUCAUGCAAUGACGCACAGAAAAACACAUAUAUCUGUAUGAAUGCUGCUGUUCACAGCGCACAUCUAGCCACACUAUGCAAUAAUGAUGAUAAACAGAUGUGCUAAUAUUCGUCUUUCCAACAAUUUGGCCAAACAUAAAAUGUAAAUAUAUAACAAUAAGACAGUAUUGUCUAUGACUCGACAAAAAAUGCUUGACUAAAAACUUCUACACUCCUCAAAUACAUGAAACACAGUUUCCUGGUAAAGAAAAUGCUGUACAUGUUCGUAAAAUUAGUUUUGCUACUCUUGCUUUACAUACAAGUAGUUAUGACAGAGAUGCUCCAAAAUGUUAUAGGCAUUUCAUUCACUGAAGAGGAGGGGUAGGUUUGAGAGUUUGUGUCGUACAUUUUAUGCUUUAUAUUUAAGGCGUGUACUGAAUUUUGUCUUUUAAUAUCACUGUCUUACUCCGCGUAAUGCAGUGUCUUUAUAAUGUUUUACUAUUGACUAUUAACUGUUUUCUGUGCCCCUACUCCAACCCUGCCUCACUGAACUUAGCCCAGUGCCCACUGGCAUCCCUUUACUCAGCCCAGUGCCUGCUGGCGUCCUUGUAUACAGCCCAGUGCCCACUGGCAAACAUGUACACAGUGCCCUCUGAUGAAUCUGAACACAGCCCAGUGCCUGCUGGUAAACCUGAGCUCAGUCCAGCGCCUCCCGAACAGGAUGCGUUUGGGCCGUUCAUUUCACCCGAAGCUUCCCCAAGAAUUUUUUCUGGGAUCGGUGGCAUUCAAGAGCAAUUGACUGCUUAUGGCCUAUGGGAAGUCUUUCAGUCUGGUUUUAGGGCUCAGCACAGCACAGAGACCGCCCUAGUCAAGGUCGUAAAUUGCGGCUGAUACAGGCCAUGUCAGCAUUUUAUUACUACUGGACCUCACAGCUGCUUUCGACACGGUCUGUCACAACACACUGCUCACCCGGUUGAAAACACUUUUGAGUAUCACUGGCAUUCCACUCUCCUGGUUAAGAUCAUAUCUCACAGGCAGGGAACAGUUUCCCCCAGUUCCCCCAGUUCACCCCUAUCACAUGGUGUUCCCCAGGGUUCUGUCCUAGGUCCCCUGCAUUUUGUCAUCUACAUCCUACCCCUUGGUCAUAUUCUACGUCAAUAUGGUUUAAAUUUCCACUGCUAUGCUGACGACACACAAAUCUAUAUUCAUACUAAGUCCUCUAACAUGCCCCCCGAAUCUGGUCUCUUGUCUCGAUGCCCUGUCUAAGAGAUUAGACCGGUUACAAUACAUACAAAAUUCCGCUGCAAGAGUUCUUACCCAUACCAGGCCCUGGCAACAUGUCACUCCCAUCCUCCAUCAUUUACACUGGCUCCCUGUACAAUACCAUAUUCAAUUUGAAAUCAUCCUUCUUGUUUUCAAAGCCCAAAAUAAUCUUGCACCCUGCUAUCUUUCAAACCUCUUGACCCCUUACCAACCAACACGUACCCUACGCUCUGCUGAUGCCCACCUCCUAUCCACUUCUACUGCCCACCUCCGUUCCAUGGGUGACAGGGCUUUUAGUGUGGCUGGUCCCAAACUCUGGAACUCCUUCCCACUUACAUUAUGGCAAAGCACUUCAUUGUCCACAUUUAAAUCCAUGCUAAAAACUCAUCUUUUCACUCUUGCUUUUUCUACAUACUUAUAGUUGCACCACUUCUUUCCUAAUUUUUCCUCCAAUUCACACUUUCAUUUCUCUAUUUUAUUUUUAUUUCAUUGCCAAGGUUUUCUCCUUUUGUAUGUAUUGCUUAUGUUACUAAGUGUAUAGUGUACAUGAACUGCUCUUGUAUUCUGCUUUCUUUGUUGAAUCUAUCACUUAUGUUAUUGUCAUUUUAUCUGCUUUUAUAUGUUCUCAUUUUGUUUUUAUGUCUAAACUAUUUUAUCUUACUGUUCAGUGUCUUUGGGUGACUUGAAAGGUGCUUUAAAUAAAAUGUAUUAUUAUUAUUAUUAUUUCUGCCCUGCCGGCAUCACCGAGGCAUCCUGCCCUGCCAGCACCACCGUGGCGUCAUGCCCUACCAUGACCACCUGAACUGUCCGCACCUCCAUGGCUACCUGUACUGCCCGCACCUCCCAGUGGUUACCGGUGAGGGCUGAACCGUCCUGAUACCAGGUUGUAUGUAAGUUUCUGGAUUAUGGUCAGGGGAAUCAAAUCCAGCUUCCCAUGCCCAGACCCCAUUUACAGACAAAACACAUAAAAACAAAUGCAUCAUACACAAUUUCAGUGCUUGACAUGGGAAUAAGUAAGGAGGAGUGGGAUAGACUACAGAAGGCUCUUGACUGGCCAAGUCCAGAUCAAGAAAUCACACAGCUGGAGCAGAGCACAAGUCCAGUUAAAACAACAUUCACUAUUGUGGGACUCAAGGAGACUUACAAAGUGGGAGAAAAGAUCCAUAUUAUUAUUACAGCCAGAGAUCACAACAACAACUUGAAAUUAUAUGGAGGUGAUUUUUUUCAAGCAAAGCUCUUCAAUUUAAACUUAAAGGCAGGUGUUUAUGGGAAAGUUGUGGAUCACCGCAAUGGGACAUACACUGUUGAUCUUCUGCUACCCUGGGAAGGUCAGGCACAAGUGUCUGUGCGACUAAUGCACUCCAGUGAAGUUAUAAAGUUUAUUAAAAAAUACUGGGAGUCCUCAUUCGCACGCAGCCAUUAUUAUGGUUACUUUGAAGGACCAGGACCUGACGGAGUCAUGAUAAGUGAGAAAGUGGAAUGUAAUCUUAAAUGGGGUCCAGCCGGAAGUUGGAUUAAAGGCAGCUGCUGCUGUGAAUAUAAAGAUGUAAAAACAGGAACUGUAUGGCAGUGUGAGAGACCAAAGCAACUUUCCUGUGACUACUGGGUGUAUCAUGAAAGAGGAGAAAUUCAAAGUCCAUUAACUCCUUUUGAGAAGCAACUAAUUUUACGAAAUUUAACAAAUGUUGGGAUUCCUGGAGACACUCAAAUCAUAAACGUCCUUCCAAAUACUUCAGGCAUUGAGGGUUACCCGCGUAUCUUACUAGGUCCUCUUUCCGGCAACGAUCCCAGAAGAUUAACGGAACGACUUUUUGUUCACACAGACGCUUGUCUGCCAAUUUUACGGGUAUUUUCUGGGACCAGAGGUCUGUGUGAAUGGGGUAUAGUUCAGACCAGACACCAGAGUUCAGGCACAACAGAAAAAUGCAGAUCUGAUUUGCCUACACCAGUUCCUGCAGGGUUUUAUUUGAAAGAUGUCUGGAAGUCCUUUGUGUGUAACACUCAAAGUUUUAGUCCACCACAAAUGAUAAAUUGUCUUAAAAACAAGAUAAUUUACCUGAUGGGAGACUCUACCACAAGGCAAUGGUUUGAGUUUUUUCAAACAAAUUUGCCAGGUCUGACAACGAUUCAUCUUCACGUUGAUUCCCAGAAUGGCCCCUUGAUGGCUGUGGAGUUGACAAAUAAUAUCAUUAUUCACUGGAGGCCACAUGGUUUGCCUCUGCAGUUUCGUAAAAUGCCAGCUGCUGACCUGCAUUAUAUCAGCAAUGAAAUUGAUUCUAUAACAGGUGGUCCUCAUGUGGUUGUUGUCUUCACAAUAUUUGCCCACCUGGUUGUUCACCCAAUAACGUUUUAUGUACAUAAAGUGGCCACAAUUCGUCAAGCCGUGGUUGCGCUAUUGAAGCGUGCACCAAAGACUACUGUCAUUAUCAAGUCUGGCAACACUGGACUCACAAAGAAUGAAUUAGGAAAUGACUGGCACAGGAUGCAGUUAAACACAGUAAUGAGAGAGAUGUUCAGUGAUGUUAAGGGAGUGGUCUACCUCGAUGUCUGGCAGAUGACUUCAUGUCACUACACAACUGAAGACAUUCAUCCAGCCAAUGUUGUCAUCAGCAAUGAGAUUGACAUGUUGCUCUCAUAUAUCUGUCCUUCUUGACACAUGUAAAAUUAAAGCAAUAUUUGAUUAAUUAUAACAUUUACUCACAACAUCAUCUGUACCAAAGUGUGUGACACAAUAAUCUGUCACAAAUGUUCAUAUCAUGUAUGCAAACUUUUAAACAUGGGUGAUUGAUUUCAAUUAUUCUUUAAUUAAUUUAGUAAUGUCCUUCAGAAGCUACAUUUCCCAGAAGACAAAUUAAAGGACAAGUUCGGUAUUUUACACUU